ACUGACUAAAAUUUUGAACCGAUAGCUGUAGCUAGCUGUGCACACGCGUUGUCUUUGAAGAAUUGCGAAAAUCCAAUUUUUGCCAGUAUUUCAGAUUUGAUUGACGUUGCGACAGAAGAAAAACAAAAAAAUGUUAUUUAAGGCCAUUAGACAAGAUAUGACCAGCUUCAAGGCAGGACAUCGGCUUUUUUGAUCUUAAGGUCCUUCGGACAUAGUUAUGUCUGGUCGGGACAAAAGGGUCGCACUUGUCGCAAGCACGCGAUGACAGAUUUUAUGUCCAAUGUAGACACCAAAAGCACUAGUGUGACCGCUGCCAUAUUCAACAACCAAGGGGACCGCGGACAGCAUCGAUGGCAUUUAAAGCUUUUUACACUUGCUUUACUUGAAUGCCGGUCCGUCAACCGUGUUUUCGCGAGCCUUAUGCUUUCAGAGUGUUCCGGUAUUGUAAAAUUGCUCCCGAAUAUGUCCUACAAAAUUUAUUCGAGUGGAAGGGUAUUCUGCUACCAGGCAAGCACUUGAUAAGCUGAUCAACACAUCUGAAAACAUCGAGCGUGUGCCAGAAACUUCAACAGUCGACCCUGACUCCUUUCGGAGAUCCCCACAAUACAGACACCUCUAUAUUUAGGACAGUUCAAUCAGUCCCCAUGAAACCAGAAUUCAUAUGAGCUUAAAUCACUUCCUUCAUAUAGCACAGGCACUCAGCUGGUUCGACUCGGUGAAAGCCCGACGUUUCGGGUUUGGCUCUUCUUCGGUGCAAAAUAUUCUUAUACCCUCGCAAAAAGCCGUCCAAGUAAAUAGAAGUUUGUAAAUUUUCAGUUAAACGUAAUUUCAGAAGCAAAGUGCCUGCUUACCUGGUACAUAAUCCUCGUCUUCCUCGCCGCUGCUACUGUCGUGUUCUGAGCCAGACAUCUUUUCUCUGACACUUGUCCCUCCUUACAUGACGUGUUGGAGUAAAUCCAGAGAAUACCCUGGGGACGAGUAGGUCGGUCGAUCAAGGAAAACAUGUCUGGGAAUUCUGCUGAUAUAACUUGUGCCUUUGUUAUCAUAGGAGGGGGCAUUUCUGGUGUUUCUUGCGCGGAACAUUUAUCAUUAUUGUGUCCAAAAGAGACCAUUGUUCUUAUUACAGCAACUGACGUAGUCAAAGCUACCUGCAACCUCAAGAAGUUUGGUAAAACAUUGGAAGAAUUUGAUGUUGAGGAAAGAUCAGCUUCAUUAGUGUUCAAGGACAGUCGUAAUGUUGUCAUUGUAAAAUCACUUGUCACCGCCUUUGACCCUGAAGAACACAGUGUUGGUACUGAGAUGGGCAACACAUAUUUUUACAAGAAACUGUGUAUCUGCACAGGAGGAAGACCAAACAUCAUCACUGAACAUCCUCACGUCAUUGGCAUCCGUGACACAGAGAGUGUGCAGCAACUGAAAAGUAGGCUUUCAAAAGCUCGCAGAGUGGUAAUUGUUGGCAAUGGGGGAAUAGCAUUGGAACUUGUCUUAGACAGGGUGAGGAGACUCUCAGAAAAACCACCAGGCUAAUAGGGGAGGCCACCUCAAUAAAACAUCAAGUUUUAUAUGGCUUGGUCAGUUCUGUGUUAUUUUAUUAACAAGUAAGUAAUAAGAACCUAACUUCAGAAAACUAUAAAGUAUGUCAAAUUGUUUAAUGGUUUGGGGGUUAAAAAGACUGAAACUACUGUCUACAAGGGUGGUGGAUGUUUAUUUAAGGUUAUGCUAUAGGUUUGUGGGUCAUUUUUCUUUCACGUGACACAAAAUAUCUUCUCUAGUUGCAUUGCUUUUGUAUAUUUUUAUCAGCCAUUCAAAGCGUGAUGUGAGAGAUUUUUCGGGGCUCAAAAUUGCAACUCACUGGUAGCCAAUGAAAUUCAUUUCUCAUGUAGGGUAGAUAGAUAGAUAGACACCUUUAUUUAAAGGUAAAAAUCUAAAGGUAAAAAUUUCAGAGUAGUCUCUUCAGGGAGCUUACAAAGCAUCUGCGCUAUCAAUAGGAGCCCUGAUGCUAUUACCUAACGUAGAUUACACAAUAAUAGGAUAUAUACAAAAGUAACAACAUAAAUAUAGGAAAGUAUAUUACAACAAAUAUCAAAAGCCUAUAACUACCAUAGUAAAAUCUUCAAAUUUAAGUACAUUUAGAGUAUUUAUGAAAAACCGUACUUCCAUGAUAAUAAAAAGAUCUCCUGGCUGUCUCCAUUCUUAUUGCAGGCAGAUGUAAAACAUUACUCUGCUGGGUUGGGCGAGCAUUAAUAUACUUAUUGUAAACAACCGUAAACACCGAUGCCGUAUUGUAAACACUGACCAUCUAUGCAUUUCCUCACAAGCUUAAGGAUAUGUUCAUCGUGCCUGGUCCUAAGGCUUGGCCAUUUUAAAGUUCCAUAGCAGUGUCACUGCUAGAUGUCUUUAUUACUAUUCUUCCUACUCGCUUCUGCAGAGCUUCUAAAGUUCUGCUGUUUACUUCCCCACAACACGCCCAGGCCCUAGCGUAAUACUCUAAUAUGGGUCUAAUCAUUGAAAUAUAAAUGCCAUUAGCACUAUGUAAUGUGAUGUAGCACCGUGCACAACCUAGCAUACCAACCCCAUCUACCAGCCUUAGAAACAAUAGCUGUAACAUGUUCAUUCCAGCUGAGGUGUUAAUCAAAGAUAACAUCCAAAUAUUGAAACUCAGUAAUGCACUUUAUGGCAGACCCAUUGAUAGUGACUGAGAACUGAUUUAUCUUAGCAAGUUUCUGCAGAGUCCCAAACAACAUUGCCUCAGUCUUAGUUAUGUUAAUAAAUAAACUAUUUAAGUGAAGCCAACAUUCAAUGGCAUGCAGCUCCUUCACUAAAGUAGCCCGGAUAGCAGAUACUUCAGGAGCUGAGAAAAAUUCUACAUUAUGAUGAGAUGAGAAUGAGAAUACUGCACUCCACCACCGCACUGGGAAGAUCAUUCAGGUGGAGUAUAAAUAACAGUGACCCUAAAAUUGACCCCUGUGGAACUUCAACAGAUACAGGUUCAGCAGCAGUAGACACACCCUGAAAUUCUACAAUUCGGGUGCACUACUGUAGGUAAUUUCUAAACCACUCAUGUUUGCCAUUCAUCACUCCAAGACCCUGCAGUUUGUUCAGGGUGACUGCAUGACUAGAAUUUUAUUGCUCAGGGAUAUUUCGUUACUUGAAACAUUAGCAAUACAUAUAAUGAUUCCUACUCAAUCCAGGUUCUUAAGGGUUCUGAGUUUUUGAGUUCUAAUGUCUGUGGUCUGAGGUUUCAAGGUCUGAGUUUUCAAGACACCCCAUUUCAACGUCUUAUGCUCUGUCAUUCACUGACUGAAAUUAUACUCACUGAUGCAUGAAAUGGCAAUGUCAAAACUAGUAAAUCAAAGGCCUUAUGGCUGGGCUGUCUUGUGUCACUUGUUUAGUGCAAAGAAAUCCACUGUCAACCCAAACAAGUGUAAGGCAAACAUAAUGCUUGAUCAAGUAGACAGGAUACAUGUGCAUUUUCACUUCCAUUAAUUCGUUUUCAUUUAGUGAGACUUCAGUAUUUACAACCCUUCAUCAAAAGGGUUUCUUAAAACAGAUUGUCACAGAUGUCUUCCAUUUCAGGACAUUUGUGCAGCUCUGUAUUUAAGACAAUUUUAAGCUUACAUCUGUUGUUUGUUGCUUUAUUUCAUGGAUUGAAAUGAUAUUGAUAUCAAAGGAAUCGACAACCAGUUAGUGAGAAUAAUGUACAGACUACUCUUGUGCAAAGUAAACAGAAGGCAAGCGAUACACUUCUGGUAGCAUUACAAAAUCAAUGCAAAAAUAUUCCAUCUGGCGUGAUGCCCUGAUCUGACCCAUGGUGGUAUAUAUACAGUGAUAUAUUGAUCGUAGACCUAAUGAUUAAUUUUUGUGAGUUAUACCUGUUUGUUUAUUUGCAGAAAAUGCACUUUGGAGGUUAGUUUUUAAUCCACUUGUUGUCAUCUUUGGAUUUUUCUGCAUGACUGAAACCCAUCACUUCAAUGUUUUAAGCUUGUAAUUUGUUGUCAAAUUUGAUUUAAACCCAAGCGAAUUGCAUGAACAGAGGCCUCUGACACUAACAAAAUAAAAGUAAUGCUAAAAAUGGCCUGUCACAAAUGGCUACAAAUGCUCAAGUCUAUAGGGUCUACAUCCCAGUCCCGGUAAAAAAAUAAUUUAACAUUGUCUUGAAUCUUUACAGCGUGGGUGAAUUCGAACCAAACGCUGUCAAUUCAUGGUUGGUUUCAUACCUGUCCUUGGUAGCCAAAAUUGAUUAACCUGCAAGUUGCCUGAACCACGUGUACAUUAGGUACAUUCCUGUCUUACACAGGAAUGUACCUAACUCACUCCAUAUCCUUGUGUCUACGUGGCUUUGGUCACAUGGACAUGAGGUAGAAAAGGAAGAGUUCAACACAACAUUUGUUGCUUCCAAGCUUUAACACAAGUGGCAUGAUGACUUGCUCUCAUACUAACAAUAAAACAGUAAAACAGACUUACACAGGAAAGCAGCAAUUUUGAGCCCUUUUUUAUCUAGCAUAUAUUAUUUACACAAGGCUUGCAAAAUAAUUCAAUACUGCUUCUUAUCACUGGUCCCAUGUCUGGAGCAGUUGACUUACCAACUUAACCAUGACUUCACAGCCAUAUGUUCAUGGCAACAACAUUCAAAUGCAAACUUGCACAGGCAGUCGUCUUGCCUACACAAGUGAAUUUCAUUGUCAUCAUUGUUGAUGCAAAAUAUGGGUGUGAAGUGAAAUUGACUUCUCACAACUUUAUUGCUUCUUAUAACACUUUGUCAUUCCUGUUCAUCGCUUAGAAGAUGUUGACUUGUGGAAAGUCUGUCUCUUUUGCUAAAACAAAUAAUCACACAACAACAUUUACAUGGGGAUAUCGCAGAUUGAUGACAUACUAUGUGAUACCAUUGUGAACACCAUGUUUUGUCUGUAACAUAAUCAUUGCAAACUGCAUGUGGGUGUACAUUUACUUGUUGCCCUGUUUGCAGCACAUGGUGUGAUCAUGUAAGACAAACAUAUUAAAUGAAAGCUCAAUAAAAUUGUUG